GAGGCGCAAGGUCUGUGUUCGCUCGUGCAGUUGGCUCGUGGUACGGUGGCGUAGUACUCGUGGUCCUUAUUUUACGAUGGCCUUACGAUAUGGCUCGCGGUAACCGCUUAUAGCAUAGUUGUCAUCUGUGCAAAGGAAGAAUGGGUGACAAAGCAGAUAGCACGUGUUCGUCUUCUGCAGAUGAAUUGGAUCUGGAGGAUAAAAGCGAGGGGGAAAUCAGAAAUGACCUGUCGGCAAUGUCUUUCGAGGAGCUUCAGUCUCUUAAAGAGAAGAUUGGUUUGAAGAUGUAUAAAGAGGCCGUUUUCGGCUUGGACCGCAAGAAGUCAAACCGGCAUUUCACGCGGGACAAUAAAAACAGGCCCAGAGAAAUGUCCGCCAAGCAACAGGUACCUGUCUACAGGGAAGUAUUCCAGGCCAAAAGAAAGGUUCAACAGGACCCACGGUUCAAUGCUAUGUCAGGAAAUUUCAAUGAGAGAGACUUCAGGGAAAGCUACUCAUUUGUAAAUGAUAUACGAACAAAGGAGAGGCAGGAGCUGGCCAAGAUGGUUCAACAAGAAAAGGACCCCCAACAGCGCAUGACUUUGAAACGACUUUUACAAAAGAUGGAAAAUCAAGAAGCCACUGAAAAGAUGAAAAGACUGAAGGCUCGCCUUGAUGACCAGUACAGUCAGUUCCUCGCUGACAACCGUGAAAGCAAUCCAAUGUUCCUGAACAAAACUGCAAGACGAAAAAUUGAGCUGGCUGAAAGAUUCAAGCUACUGAAGAAGGCUGGCAGACUCGACAAGUACCUGGAGAAAAAACGCAAGAGAAAUGUUCAGAAGGAGCGGAAAAGACUACCUUUAUCAGUUACUUGAACUUGGUUGUGCAUACCUUAAAAAAGUAUAUAUGCCUCGUUGC